AUGCCAGGUGGAUAUAAAGGGGAGUGUGGGGACGAUGUGGACCCCAUGCCCUACUUGGUUCUAUCAGAAAAAGAACGUCUGGAUGUCAUGAACAAGCCUUAUGACAUCAAGCGCUCCUGUUGGGUCAAAGACGAGAAGGAGGCUUUCAUUGCCGGAGAGAUUCAGACAGAAGAUGGGGACAAAGUCACCGUCAAGACCAGCAAGAACGCUACGGUGACAGUGAAGACGGGCGAUGUUCAGCAGAUGAACCCUCCGAAGUUCUACCAAGCCAGUGACAUGGCCAACCUCACUUUCCUCAAUGAGGCCAGCGUGUUGGAAAACCUGCGCAGCCGCUAUGUCAGCAUGAGGAUCUAUACCUACUCGGGCCUCUUCUGUGUGACCAUCAACCCAUACAAAUGGCUGCCCAUCUACGGCGGUAAAGUGGCCCAGAUCUAUAAGGGGAAGAAACGAAACGAAGUUCCUCCUCACCUCUUCUCCGUCUCUGACAACGCCUACCACGACAUGAUGAUGGCACUUGAGAACCAGUCUCUGCUGAUCACUGGAGAAUCUGGAGCUGGCAAGACUGAGAACACUAAGAAGGUCAUCCAGUACUUUGCUAAUGUUGGAGCGACUGGGAGCAAAGCUUCAGACUCCAAGGCAAGUGUGUGUGUGUGUGGCUCUCUAGAGGACCAGAUCAUUCAGGCUAACCCGGUGCUGGAGGCAUUUGGCAACGCCAAGACCAUCAGGAACAACAACUCCUCUCGCUUUGGAAAGUUCAUCCGGAUCCACUUUGGGCCAACAGCUAAGCUGGCGGGUGCCGACAUUGAAACAUAUCUAUUAGAAAAGUCCAGAGUGAUUUCCCAGCAGGCUGCCGAGAGAGGAUAUCACAUCUUCUACCAAAUUCUGUCUGGAAGGAAGCCAGAACUCAUAGAGGCUCUGCUGUUGAAGCCGGACCCCAAACAGUACGCGUGGGUGUGUCAGGGCGUCACUGUGGUGGACAACAUGGAUGAUGGAGAGGAGCUGGCACUCACCGAUGAAGCCUUUGAUGUCCUCGGCUUCACUCCGGAGGAGAAGAUGAGCGUGUACAAGCUGACUGGAGGCAUAAUGCACUUUGGCAACAUGAAGUUCAAACAGAAACCCAGAGAGGAGCAGGCUGAUGUAGAUUCCACUGAGGUGGCUGACAAAGUUGCCCACCUCAUGGCCAUCAAUUCUGGGGAGCUACAGAAGGGCAUAACCCGGCCCCGUGUCAAAGUUGGCAAUGAGUUUGUGACAAAAGGUCAGACCCAGGACCAGUGUGUGUACUCCAUCGGUGCUCUGGCAAAAGCCAUCUACGACCGCAUGUUCAAGUGGAUGGUGACCCACAUCAAUAGAACCCUGGACACUAAGAUGCAGCGCCAAUACUUCAUAGGAGUGCUGGAUAUUGCUGGGUUUGAGAUCUUUGAGUUUAACAGCUUUGAGCAGCUGUGCAUCAACUUCACCAAUGAGAAGUUGCAGCAGUUCUUCAACCAUCACAUGUUUGUGCUGGAGCAGGAAGAGUAUAAGAAGGAGGGCAUUGACUGGGUUUUCAUCGACUUUGGUCUGGACCUGCAGGCUUGCAUUGACUUGCUGGAGAGGCCUAUGGGGAUAUUCUCUAUUUUGGAGGAACAGUGUGUGUUUCCAAAGGCAACAGACACAACAUUCAAAACUGCUCUUUAUGACAACCACCUGGGCAAGUCCAACAACUUCCUUAAGCCAAAAGGUGGGAAGAAAGGACCUGAGGUGCACUUUGAGCUGGUGCAUUAUGCUGGCACAGUUGGGUACAAUAUCGCUGGCUGGUUGGAAAAGAACAAGGACCCCCUGAAUGAGACGGUAGUUGGACUUUUCCAAAAGUCCUCCAUGCCCCUGCUGGCUGCACUCUUCAAAGAAGAGGAAGCUACUGCAGGAACCAAGAAACAGAAGAAAGGUUCUUCCUUUCAAACUGUCUCCAACUUCUACAGGGAGCAACUGAACAAGCUGAUGAGCACGCUGCGAAGCACGUCUCCCCACUUUGUCCGCUGCAUCGUCCCCAAUGAGUUCAAGCAGCCAGGUGUGACAGAUAACCACCUGAUUCUGCAUCAGCUGGCCUGUAAUGGUGUGCUGGAGGGUAUCCGUAUCUGCAGGAAAGGAUUUCCCAACAGGCUGCAGUACCCAGAAUUCAAACAAAGGUACUAUAUACUCAACCCCAACGUCAUCCCAAAGGGAUUUGUUGACAACAAGAAGGCAUCUGAACUCCUCUUAAGUUCUAUUGGCCUGGAAGAUAUGGAGUAUCGAAUUGGCCACACCAAGGUGUUCUUCCGUGCAGGUGUCCUGGCAAAGCUGGAGGACAUGCGUGACGAGCAGCUGGCGAAGAUCAUAACCAUGCUGCAGGCUCGCCUCAGAGGAACUCUGAUGAGGAUUGAAUUUAAGCAGAUGGUGGACAGACGAAUUGCACUGAUGGCUAUACAGCGCAACGUCAGGAAGUUCCUUCAGCUACGCUUCUGGGGCUGGUGGAAACUCUACACAAAGGUGAAGCCGCUGCUGAUGGUCGCUCGUCAAGAAGAGAUCUUCAAGGCUAAGGAAGAGGAGCUGAGGGCAGCUGUGGAGAAGGUCAAGGAGCUGGAGAGCAAGAUCAAAGAUCUGGAUGAGAAGAUGGUGACUCUGUCGCAGGAGAAGAACGACCUCACACUGGCGCUGGCAGCGGAGCAAGACACCCUGGGUGAUGCUGAGGAGCGCUGCACCCAGCUGAUGCACCAGAAGGUCCAGUUGGAGGAGAAAGUGCAGGAUCUGCAUGAGCGCUUAGAGGAAGAAGAAGGCAACACGUCAUCCCUCCACACCCAGAGGAGGCAGCUGGAGGGGGAACUGACUGAGCUGAAGCAAGACCUGGAGUCUCUGGAGUCCACACUGGCCAAGAGUGAGAAGGAGAGACAGGGUCUUGACUUCAAGGUGCGGAAUCUGACUGGUGACCUGACUCAGCGAGAUGAUCAUAUUAGCAAACUGCAGAAAGAAAAACGAGCUCUGGAGGAACUGCAACAGAAAACUCUGGAGGAUCUCCAAACUGAAGAGGACAAAGUCAAUCAUUUGACCAAAACCAACAGCAAACUCAACUCCCAAGUGAAUGAGCUGGAGGACAGUUGGGAGCAGGAAAAGAGGAUCCGGGCGGAGGUAGAGAAAGCGAGGAGGAAGGCGGAGGGAGACCUGAAGAUGACGAUAGAAAACCUCACUGAGAUGGAGAAUGCGAAACUCGACCUGGAGGAAGUCAUCAAGAAGAGAGACUUUGAGAUCAAUAACAUGAAUGCAAAGCUGGAGGACGAACAGUCGCUCAGCUCAAUGCUCACCCGCAAGCUCAAAGAGCACCAGGGCCGCAUUGAGGAGCUGGAGGAGGAGCUAGAAGCUGAACGGGCCAUGAGAGCCAAGGUGGAGAAACAGCGUGCAGAGUUGUCUCGAGACCUCGAUGACCUCAGUGAUCGACUGGAAGAGGCAGGAGGAGCCACGGUAGCCCAGAUCGAGCAGAACAGGAAGCGGGAGGCAGACCUGCUGAAGUUAAGGCGUGAGCUGGAGGAGGCGGCGCUCCAGUCUGAGGCCACAGCGGCGGGGCUGAGGAAGAAGCACUCGGAUGCCAUGGCUGAACUAGGUGAGCAGCUGGAGAACCUGACCAGGCUGAAGGUCAAACUGGAGAAGGACAAACAGAGCAUGAGGGCUGAGAUCGAAGACCUCAACGUCACCAUAGAGGUCACUCAGAAAGCAAAGAUGAACUCUGAGGCUCACGUCCACAAGCUGGAGGACAACCUGGCGGAGGCCAAUGCUCGCCUGGCAGAAAUGGAGCGCAAUCAAACUGAGCUCACCACUGCCAAAAUCCAUCUGAGUGCUGAGAACAGCGAUCUGAGCAGAGAGCUGGAGGAGGCACAGAGUAAGCUGAACCAGGUGACCCGACUGAAGGCUUCGCUCACCUUGCAGGUCGACGAGCUCAAGAGACAAGUGGAGGAGGAGAGCAGGGGACGUAACACAGCAGUUGUCGGGCUGGCCAAUGCUCGGCAUGACCUCUCCCUGCUGAAGGAGCAGCUGGAGGAGGAGUCUGAGGCCAAGAGUGAGCUGCAGCGUUUGGUGUCCAAGCUCAAUGCUGAUGUCACUUCCUGGAGGAGCAAGUACGAGACAGACGCCAUCCACCGCACCGAGGAGCUGGAAGAGACUAAGCGCAAACUGGCAGCACGCCUUCAGGAGGCUGAGGAGGCUGCGGAAACUGCACAAGCCAGAGCUGCCAGCUUGGAGAAGGUGAAGCAGAGGCUGCAAGGAGAGGUGGAGGACCUCACCAUAGACCUGGAGAAGUCCAAUGCAGCAGCUGCAGCUCUGGACAAAAAGCAGCGAGCUUUUGAUAAGCUGGCGGCUGAGUGGAAUCAAAAGAACGAGGAGCUGCAGCUGGAACUGGACACCAGCCAGAAGGAGAGCCGGUCCUACAUGACGGAGCUCUACAAGCUGAAGAUGGCUCACGAAGAAACUCUGGACCAGAUGGAGACGGUCCGCAAGGAAAACAAAGGGCUUACAGAGGAGAUCAGGGAGUUGGUUGACCAGCUUGGAGAAGGAGGUCGCAGUGUUCACGAACUGCAAAAGGCCAAAAAGAAACUGGAGGUGGAGAAGGAGGAGCUACAGCUGGCUCUGGAGGAGGCAGAGGCUUCGCUUGAGGUGGAGGAAGGUAAGCUGGUACGCGUACAGCUGGAGCUGGCUCAGCUCAAAGCCGACAUUGAUCGCAGGAUCCACGAGAAGGAAGAGGAGUUUGAAGUCACAAGAAAGAACCAUGCACGGACAGUAGAGUCACUGCAGGCCAGUCUCGAGGCAGAGGCCAAAGGUCGUGCUGAGGCCUUGCGGAUGAAGAAGAAGAUGGAGGGAGACUUGAAUGAGAUGGAGAUUCAGCUGGAGCAUGCCAACAGGAACAACGCUGAGCUUGUCAAAACCCUGAAGAAGCUGCAGCAGCAGAUCAAAGAUCUGCAGGUGCAGAUGGACGAGGACGCUCGUCAGCACGAAGAGCUGAGGGAGAAGUACAGCCUGCAGGAGCGCCGUCUGGCCCUCAUGCAGGCAGAGAUGGAAGAGCUAAGAGGAGGUCUGGAGGCCUCAGAGAGGGCCCGCAAACUAAUCGAGCAAGAGCUGGUGGAAACCACCGAGCGGCACAAUGAGAUCAGAGUGCAGCACCAGAGUCUGAUCAUCCUGAAGAGGAAAAUAGAGGUCGACAUCGCCCGACUGUCCAGCGAGAAUGAAGAACUGAUUGCAGAGUUUCGCUCAGCAGAUGAGAGAGCCAAGAAGGCUGUGACUGAUGCGAUGCGACUGUGUGAGGAGCUCCGCCAGGAGCAGGAGAGGAGCUCCCACUUGGAGAAAGUCAAAAAGAACAUGGAGCAGAACAUGAGGGACCUCACCCUGAGGCUGGAGGAGGCGGAGCAGCAGGCAAUGAAGGCCGGAAAACGUGUCAUCCAGAAACUGGAAACCAAAAUUAAAGAAUUAGAGAAUGAACUGGACCAGGAACAGAAGCGUCACGUGGAGACGGUGAAAAAUCUACGUAAAGGAGAGCGUCGACUCAAAGAGUUGAUCUUUCAAACAGAGGAGGACCACAAGACCAACCAGCGCAUGCAGGAGCUGGUGGAGAAACUCCAGAACAAGCUGAAGUCCUACAAACGGCAGAUAGAGGACGCUGAGGAGCAGGCCAACAGCAGCCUGUCGAAAUACAGAAAGACGGUCCACGAGCUGGAUGAUGCUGAGGAGCGAGCGGAAAUGGCAGAGAUGACACUGAAUAAAAUGAGAACCAGAAAUCGAGCCUCGGUCACCAAAGGGUUCACCUCAGUGGAGAUUGUCCAGGUCACAAAACCGUCCAGUGGAGGACAGGACGAGUAGAGGAGCAAUAACACACACACACAACAGAGUGACACACACCCACUCAGCCUUCCAGAGGACACAAGCCUGAGGAAACAGUCCCAACGUCUUCAAACCACGCAAAAUGUUCGUUUUACCCGAGAAAGUCUUAAUGAUCAUUAAAGCUACAGUGUGUAGGAUUUAAUGUCAUCUCGAGGUGAGGCUGCAGAUUGCAUU